UGCAGGAUGGACCUCCUGGAACUCACAGGUCCUGCCGCCCUUCCCAAGCACAUCCUGGACGUCUGGGUCAUCGUCUUGAUCAUCCUGGCCACCAUCCUGGUGAUGACGGCGCUGGUGCUCUGCCCGGCCACUGCCGUCAUCAUCUACCGUGUGCGAACUCACCCCACGCGCAACGGCAUCGUGUGAGGCAAGCAGCAAGGAGUGGAAAUGUCCGACAAAGUUAUUUCUUCUUUGGAGUCCCAGCUCUCAGGGUGUUUGGAAAAAAGGGUCAAAGCAAGAUGGAUGUGGCUUCUGGUUGCAAGUUUGAAGGCUUGGCUGAAAGCAUCGGUGACAGAGCCCGUCCUGGCUGCACAGCAGACGUGCAGCUGGCACUGGCUUCUCCUCUAUCCAUUAUCUGCUGAAAUUGUAGGAAAAUCUUAUGGGGCUCUUGGUUCCUCUGGGUCUCGCAGGGCAGAGGAGUGUGUGCAGCUCCUGCCAGCCUGUCUGCCUGCACGCUGGCUGUGCUCCCCACUCCCAAUAGCGAGAGCCCUCAUUGUUCACCCAACACACCGGCCCCACUGGGGAUCUGUGCACCUCUCACCUGGGCAGGUAAAGUGGGAGGAGCAGCUUUGUGCCCAGUCAGUGGCAGGGGAUCAUGUAAGUUCUUGCACUGCUCUUUGUUGUGAAAUAAAUGGACUUUUAACCUACA